UCAUCAAGAUUGACCGCACGCGCCGUGAACUUGAGCUGGUGAGGGUGAAGUUGACUGCAGACUGCCCUACACAAAUAACUGGGCCCUAUUAUCUCCGUGUAAUCGAAUCAGGAAAGAUUACCUCAUGCACGCCUAGCCGUGCGCGUAGGUCGCCAUUCUUGACCGCAAUCCCCAGGGCCCCUUCCGCGCAACCCAACGCUUGCGACACCAACCGCCAACCCCGUCACCAUGACAGACUCAGACUCUUCCACCUUGUCUUCACCUCCGUCGACUGACGACGAAAUGCCCAAGGUCCUUGCGACCGCGAAGCCUUCCGCGGCGAGGCCUGAGAAGAAGCACAAAAAGAAGGGCACCAUCCUAUCCUUCUUCAACAAGAAGUCGCCCUCGCCCGUCCGCAGGAAACGUCCGGCCUCUCCGCCGCAUGAGAUGGCUCCCGAAGACAACCCUGAUAUUCCUUUCAUUGUCAUGUUCCGAUCAAGAUUUUCAGACGCAUUCCCGCCUAAAACGCCUCAUUUCGGCCCCCAGGACCUCGAAAGGGGAGUUGCUGAAGUGGUCCCUUCCCCCCAGGUCGAGACGCUGCUCUGCUCCCUCCUCGCGCUCCUCCUUAACAGGAAGAAACCCAUCGAGAAAGGUCACUAUGGUCGCGCUCUCGAAGAAGCCAUCCAAACGCAUAAGUCGCAAUGGCCACGCGCAUGGAACGGUGUGAACCCCAUAACUGGUGGCCGCUCGUUCAACACCAUGUCGUCGACGGAGCGACUCACUCUGCUCAAGACCCUUGUCCUCUGGAGCCUCCACGAUUCGGACGUGGUCAACAACAUGAUAAAAGAAGGCUACAAGACGCGAAAUAGCAAAGAUAAAGUCGAUGCGCACAUUCCUCUCUCCGUACAACCCUGGGGUCGCGACGGCGAUGACCGCCGGUACUGGCUGAUUGAAGGCCAAGACGAUACACCUUUCCGCGUCUACCGCGAGAGCAAUCCUAAGUUGAAGAAUGUUACGUGGUGGAGCGUUGCUGGGUCUAUUGCGGAAAUUCGCGCUCUUGCCGACAAGCUUCACGACGAGGAUGGCACCAGAGAUGCGAAACAGUUGGCUGAGAAGAUGCGCAAUGCUAUUCCACGUUUUGAGGCUACAGAAGAGAAACGCAAGCGCCGCGAAUAUAGGCUGAACCGCCAGGCUGCGCUCGCUCAACCUGUCUUCUCCCUCUACGAGGGCCGAACACGCGGCAAGCGCAUGAAGUAUACAUUUUCUGACGAAGAGGAGGAAUACGCUGGCGCCCUUGGGAUUCGACGGUCGAACCGAAACUCUGGAAGGGAGACUCCAGCAGCACCCGCCCCGACCGUGACCGCCAGUGGUCGUCACGUGAAAUCCCGAGCAACUGGAAUGUACGGCGAAUCUCUCCUCAGCGGCCAGCAAACUGACCGAACAUCGCCUGCCACCGGAGACUAUGUUCGAUCCGAAGCUUCCGAAGAACCAAAUGCCGGUCAUGGUCGCGCUACCCGAGCCAAUGGCAGGAGCACCACCAAUGGUUUCCGUCCAAGUCGCAAACACAUUGAAACGUACAAUUCCGUUGACGAGAUGGACGACGAGGAUGUCACAUCAUGGGAUGGAGGGGAUGAAGACGAGGAAGAAGCGGACCAGAUGGACUUGGAUGAUGAGGAGGAGGAAUCGGUCAGUGUGACUACAGAAGACGAGGAACGCCGAAGUCUGAUUAUCUGCUUGCGAUAUCCUAAAGGGUCGAAGAUCGCUUCCGAAUCUGCUGCGUCGACAGGACAUGAACACGAUUCUUCUACAGCCGCUAUGCCUGAGGUGAAGGAUGAACCCACUGCGUCGUCCACUGCCACACCGCCGCAGCAAUCCGAUCUCAAACCCGUCGUGGGGCAGGAUACCACACUCCCAGCAACUCCCACGAAUCCUCAACCCUCGUCCGAACUCUCGGCUCCUAUUCCUCAGGUUCCCCAGGACGGACAGGAGCCAGCAACAUCCACCUCACUCCGUCCGCCCAGCCAGCAGGGCCUCCCGCAACCUGCACCUGCCCCUUCUGCGCAAAACGGACUCUCACCCAGCCAACCGACACCCCAGCGCAGACACGACGCCAGUGCUCCCCAGGCCGCGAAACCGUACAACCCUCCAGAGAGCAGUGACACUGCUACCUCGCAAUACUUAGCCGCGAGUGGGAAUGAACAUCCUCCGUUCCAGCCCGGCUUGCCUCCACCCACGACGACGGCGUCCACAUGGCAGUGAUGGGAUGAUAGAUUCGGAAGUUUGGAUUGAAGAGCGGGGCAUUGUGAAAGAAGGAAGGAAUGUUAUGUGAGGCAGAGGCGGUGUCGGCAGUGGUCUCUGAAGGGGACGACUACAUGUUCGCUUUACCGCUGAGAUGGGAAUGAUUGUGUACCUGUCGAAUACCUACCUCAGGGGUAUGAAUGAGAGGUGAGAGUUAGACGAUUCCACGCUUCCCCCUUUUUCUCAAGAAGGGGUUAUGUAUUGUACUACUAUCCGGGGAUUUCUUCAUGGUCGGGUGUUCAUGUUUCUCAAGGGGAAAGGGAAUAGGAUGGGCAGGAUGCAUGUGCGUUCUGGCUGGCACGAAGUACGGAGCACCUGAUCGAAAAGGAUAUCACAAUGAGUUGUAGAGAGACACGGGAGCGGGUCUAGUGUUCCGCCACCACCGCCUGUUAGCUAUGUAUACACAACAGCGAGAUGUGCUCGUGUGGAGU